GUGGAGCAGGGAGCGCUUGCAGUCGCUGACAGAAGGACCAGACGAGGAAAAUAUUAACGCACAUUUCUCACACUUGUGUCAGUUCACGUAGAAGUUAUAAUCUUGUGUACAUAUAAACAUUUAACUAUGAAAUGUUAAUGGUGGUGAUAAACUGUCGCUAAGAAAUGAAAAGAACGCCACAAAAAGUGAUGCCUUAUAAAAAAAACUGAAAAGUGCUGAUAGACUUCUGGUAAGGCGACCUCCUCCAUCCCAAUCUGUCAGAAUGGGCUGUUGCGGGAGUGUAAUGAGUCCCGGUGACGAGCCGUUGGAAUCUCCUGUCACUGUGCAUACCCCCGCCAGUAGUGGUACUCCCACAGCUGUUGCAAAGGCCACUGACGAAGUUCCAGAUGAUUCGAGUCAGCAGAAAGACCUCCGGGAGAAGGACGAAGUCAUAUCUACCAUAAGCAACGGGAAACUCGCGAAUGAAACUCAGGGAAAUGAGGACAGAGGCCCCGAGGCUCUCUUGAAUGAUGCCCUGGGUUCGCCCGGAAAGAGAGACAGCAGACCUGCCUCCGGAAGGUCAGACAAGUCUUUCGAGUCCAAAAGGUCUCACGGCUCCGCCAAGAGCAGCAGGUCCUCUGGCUCUGUCAAGAGAGAAUCGCCUGUCAGUCAGGUCAGUCUUCCAGGAAUGAUCCCCGAGGAUGAUGCCGAGGAGUCGCCCUCUGGUGAUCAGGACAAACCCGACGAAGGGAAUGCAGAGGAGGCUCAGGCCCAAAAGUCACCAUCAGCUAAAUCCGCCAAGUCAUCGUCGUCGCCACCCCCUCCAAAUGGCCCGGCACCAGGAGAGAGCAGCGCGAAAUUAAGGACACCGAUGUCGUCUGCCGGGAGAUCCAGCAAGGAAUCGUCUUCGUUUGGGAAAUCUAUGAUUCAGGUGGUUUCCUUCGGCGACAGCAUCAAUGUGCCCAGGAGUGCUGGUGUCGGGGCAGAGGCCGCCGAUGAGACCUCGAUGAAAGAUUCAGAGGUCCAGGAGACAGCUUCCACGUCAGAGCAGAACCUGGAGUCCUCAGAGAAAGAAGGCCCUGUUCCACCUGUGGAACCAGAAAAAGUGACAGCUGCUGAGUCAGGUCCCAGUAUCAAUUAGUGACUUACUAAGUGAAAUUGAUUUGGCCAGUGAAGGUGCCUCUAAUCAAAAUUCCCGGCCUUCAACAAUGACAGGUAAGGAACUGAAUAACACUUCUAAUCCAGCCGAAACAGGAUCCAUGGCUCAAGAGACUACAGUUGAAAUUUCCAGUAACAAAGACGAUAUUUUAAGUGGGCAAGGUGAAACUGAUGUUUUAGGUAACAAUGAAUCAUGGAAUGUUCCAGAUGGUAAAGCUGAUGCUAAGAGUUCAAAAAGCGAGGUGUCGAGUAUUAUGGACGGUAUUCAGGAUGGCAGAGCAACUCCAAAGGAAGAAACUGUGGGUGAAGGAAAUAUUAUAAACGGCGACAAUAACAGUAUCAAAGAAGACUCGGUGAGUGCCAUAGGUGAAACUACAAGUAGCAAAGGAGAAACUGUAAGCAUUAAGACUGACUUUACAAGCGUUAAAGGAGAACUGGCAAGUAUCAAAGAGGAUACUACAAGUAACAAGGUUGACAUUACGAGUAUCAUGAGUGAUACUAAAAGUGUUAAGGGUGAUAAUUCAAAUCCCAAGGGAGAUUCAUCAAGUAUGAAGACGGAUAUAUCCAGCAUCAAAGGGGAGAAUACAAGUAUGAGUGUUCAGGAGGUUACCUCAAGUAUCAUGCAUUAUACUAGCACACAGGAAGAAAUUACAAAUGAUGCAGGUGAUGCUGGUAGUACUAAGGGAGAAACUAUGAGUUUCAAUGAUGCAAUGAGUACCAAGGGAGAAGCUUCAAGAGACUACACGAGUAUGAAAAGUGAUACUGCGAGCUCCAAAGGAGAAACUACAAGCAUCAAGGGAGAAAAAAACUACAAGCAUCAAGGGAGAAACUACAAGCAUAGAGGAUGAUGUGGGAGACACAUCAAGCAUCCAAGUGGAAGCUCCAAGUCUCGAGGGUGAUCACAUUAGUAGCAUGGGAGACAAUGCUAGUAUCACGACUGGUGCCACUAGUAUAAAAGGGGAAACUACAAGUAUCAAGGAUGAUGGGUUUAGUAUUAAAAGAGAAACUUCAAGUAUCAAAGAUGAUAUCAUCAGCAACAAGGGAGAGCUUGCAAGUAUCAAAGGUGAUAACGUAAGCAUCAAAGGAGAUACUACAAGUAUCGCAGCAGACACUACAAGUAUCAGGGGUGAUGCUACAAGUAUAGCAGGUGAUGUCACAAGUCUUAGGGGUGAUACUAUUAGUAACAUUGGAGGAACUGAUAGUGUGAAAGGUGAUGCUGCUAGUGUACUGGGAGACAUUUCAAGUAUCAAAGAUGAUAUUAAAAGUGCCACGGGAGGGAUUGCAAGCAUCAGCGGGGAUAUAACAAGUAUCAGGGAUGACGACACAAGUAUCAUGGCCGAAACACCAAGUAUGAAGGGUGAGACUACAAGCAUCAAGGCAGAAACAAAAACAGUAUCAAGAGUGAUGUUACUAGCAUGAAGGGAGAUAUUACAAGCAUCAAGGGGGAGACUGCAAGUAAUAAGGAUGACACAAUUAGCGUUAACAAAGAAAAUGCAAAUAUCAAAGAUGAUACUGCGAGUAUUGAUGGAGAAAGUACCAGCAUCAAGGGAGAAACUGCUGGUGUCAAUAAUGAUACUGGAAGUAUAAAAGGCGUAACUACAAGUAUCGAGGGGGAUACUGUAAGCAUCAGAGGAGAGACCACCAGUAUUAAGGAGGGUGACAGCACCAGUACCAAGGAAGAAACUGCAGGUGCCAGAGACGACAAUACAAGUAACACGGGUGAAAUAACAAGCAUUAAAGGAGAAACUACAAGCCUCAAAAGUGAUACUACACACAUCAACGAAGAAACAACCAGCAUGAAGGGAGAAGCACUGAGUAUCAAAGCAGAAAUUGUGAGCAUCAAGACAGAAACCACAAGUAUCCAGGGUGAUGCUACCAAUACCGUGGAUGAAGCUAUGAGUAUCAAGGCCGAUACCACAAGUAUGAAAGGAGAAAGUACCAGUGUGAAGGAUGACUCUAUGUCUCUAAAAGGUGAUACCACCAGCAUAAAAGGAGAGGCUACAAGUAUUAAAGGCGAUACUAGUAGCAUUACGGGAGAAACUGCAAACGUGACGAACGACAAUUUAAGUUAUAAAGGUGAUACUACAAGUAUAAAAGUAGAAACUACAAGUAUCAAGGGUGAUACUGGAAGUAUCAAGGAAGAUACUUCUAGUGUCCAAGGGGAUAAGACAAGCAUCAAAGACGAUAACACAAGUGUCAAGGGAGAAACUUCCAGUAUCAAAGACGACGCUUCAAGUGCCACGGCAGACCCAACAAAUGUAAUGGACGAUAACCUAAGCACCAAGGAUGACAAUUCAAGUUUAAAGGGAGAUGGUUCAAGCAUCAAGGCGGAUUCUACGAGUAUCAGAAGUGAGGCCAAUGAGAGUAUGAAAAUUAAUGGCAAUGCACCAGUCGUAAAAGACGAUACGCUGAGCAUUGGUGAUCUCUAAUUUGUGUGAAAGGUGGCAAUACGGGCCUUAAAAUUUGUAAUCACAAAUAUCAAAUAGUUAUGUUUUCGGGUAUUAAAGAUAUCAAGUUCUUGAAAUAAAAAGAAGAAUGAACAACUUAUCAACAUGCAUCUUGAAGUGUUAAAUAAAACUAGAGUUUAAUGAUCCAUAUUAGAGUGUGGAAGAUACUGUACCAAGCAUUGCUUUCUGAAACUCGCGUACGGCAGUUAGUUUUGUACUGAGAGCAGUGUUCUCAAAGUGACGAAUAUUAAAGUCUACUUACAGCAUGUUGGAUGAUGGUCAUGUUACGCAGGAUUCCAAGGCUUCAGGUUUGAAAAGUAGUAGUUGUAAAGUAGCCGGUAUCAUCAGCUAUAGCAUGAGUACACUGCAAUUUGAAUUUCUUUAUAACUGACACGCACGGCAGAAAAGUGCCACCCCAGGGAACAUAAAUAAUGAAAAGUUUGCUACUGAAAUAAUUCCCGAGAGGAACUUUUAAUAUAACUUAGCUUGUCAUUAUUUUCGAAGGAAGUGAGCUUCUUUAUAAGAAAUAAGAAUAAAUGAAAAUGCUAAAUGCCCCAGUCCUAGUUCCGAAGUCUUGAGUUCUACACUAACAGAAUGUGAGGCGAAUAAAAAUGAAUGUAUUUGUAGUGGAGAUUAUAUCAGUAUAUUAAU